AUGGUGCUUUAUACUGGACCCAAGGUGCAGAGAAGACCUCGUGCAACCACCAUGUCGAGCGUCCGCAUCCUAGCGAGCUCCCCAGGUCCACAGGCGGCCUCGCCGUUCUUCUCUCGCCUGCCAGCCGAGAUACGUCUGAUGAUCUUCAGGUUCAUCUUCCUGUCCUGCUACGCAACAGCCUGGUUCGACGGAGAGUGGGGCGGCGACGAGGCCGCCGCGCACCAAGGAUCGAGGCAGAGGCGUUUCAGGAGCGGCGCAUGCUGCUUCUCGCACUUGGACGGCGGAUUCGAAUUCCUCGCGACCUGCCGCCAGGCAUACAUCGAGGCGUUCGCGACGUACUGGGGACAGGUGACCCUGGACGUGGCCCGCAGCAUCAGCCCUGACCGCAUCGGAUGCGGGCUGGUCUCGGUCUGCAGGUACCUCCCUUCCGCGAUCAAGGAGAACCUGGGCGAUCUUGGGAACGUCAAGCUGCCGGUCCUGGAGGUGGUGGACUCGACGCCUGACGACCCCACCUGGACGCCAGCCCUUCUCAGCCAGUUCCCAAAGCUCAGGAUCCUCGUGGUGUCCAGCCUGGUGUUGUUCGGGACGACUCCACGCGCGCGCUUUCAGCUCCUAAUUGACACGUUCGGCGACCCCUCCCAGUACUACAUUGGAGUUGCUCCCUUCGCGAUCGAAGGAGAGGGCCCCACGUAUAUUGGAGUUGGUCUGUUCGACAGUGAAGGAGAGAGACCCGCGCAAUACAUCGAGCGCAAGAUUGGUGUCCAGCUGUCUGGUGGUCUCGUGAUGCUGUGGAGAUGCGUCGCGAACCAGCCCCCUGAUAGCCUCCCAAGAUAUAGGGACCGCGUGAGCAGAGGUUGGGUGCGUACACCGCAGUCAUGGAAGCGAAGCCAGGUUCCAAGUGGGGUUGUUGGUAUAACUGACUUUCGGCUGAUGCAGCUGGAAGGGCAGGGACUUAGAAUGGGGCGUGAGGGAGGGUGUGGACUGGUUUAG